GUGGUAUAAUCUUAUGUGGGACAGCGUUCACGGAAGAGCAGGCGUGGCGAGUGCACUUGCAUCUUCUUUCACUCUUGACACGGCGAAAUGACGGCGACUCUACGUCCGUACCUGAACGCCGUGCGUGCCACAUUGCAGGCGGCCCUCUGUCUGGAGAACUUCUCCUCUCAGGUAGUGGAGCGCCACAAUAAGCCAGAAGUCGAGGUCCGGAGCAGUAAGGAGUUACUCUUGCAGCCCGUGAUCAUCAGCCGCAAUGAAAAAGAGAAGGUUCUGAUCGAGGGGUCCAUCAACUCUGUCCGUGUCAGCAUUGCUGUUAAGCAGGCAGAUGAGAUUGAGAAGAUUUUGUGCCACAAGUUCAUGCGCUUCAUGAUGAUGAGAGCAGAGAACUUUUUCAUCUUGAGGAGGAAACCUGUGGAGGGUUACGACAUUAGCUUCCUCAUCACCAACUUCCAUACGGAGCAGAUGUACAAGCAUAAGCUGGUGGACUUUGUCAUCCACUUCAUGGAGGAAAUUGACAAGGAGAUCAGUGAGAUGAAACUGUCCGUUAACGCUCGUGCCCGCAUUGUUGCAGAAGAAUUCCUCAAAAACUUUUGAGGAAUUCUGGCUUUCCACAUGCAGAUCCCAUAACAUGGCCAUCACCAUGGUUACCUGUAAGGUGGGGAUGGGUUAGGGGCCAAAUGAGAGAGAGAGAGGUGCUUAUGGGGCACAGAAUCGGCAAGGAAAACCAAUAAAGAGACCAGCUGACCAAGAGAGGAUGGCCUCUGUCCUUAGGCAUCCCUGCACUUAAUAAUAUCGGUAUUUGUACAUAAAUAUUCUCAUAUUCAUUUCUGCCUUCAGAACAAAACUAGGGCGGGUCCUUUAAUUAACUCAAUCAAUAUUGCUGAGGGCAGGGAAAAGCUGAGAAUUUUGUUCCAGUAACUUAAUGUUUUGUUUUUUUUUAUACACAAAUUUUUUUUGUUACUAAAAACAUUCAAAACAAGGUCCAUAAAAUACCUUUCUUGUAUUUCAGUACAGAUUAUAAAGUGAUUGAUACAAUAUUAUGUUAUUGAUGAUGACAAUUAAAACCCAUUACUGCUUGUUUGUA